AUGGAGGGAAACCGUCUAGCAUUUUCCCAUAGGCAAUUGAUAUCUUUAGGGAAUUCUUCAACUGGAACAGAUGUGAGGCCGUUAUCUACAAGCGUAUCAAACGCUUGUUCAACAGAAACCUUAGAGCUAAUUGUUAUCAACUUGUUCUGCUCAACAAGUUCACUCAACGUAACAUGCUGCCACUCACCGCAGGUUCCGCCCAUGAAGGUGGAAUUUGAGGAUGACAUGGAUGCAUUUCUUGAUAGAGACGAUUGGAUACUGGACUGUGGCUGGAGAUGGUAUAAGUUGGAACCAUGA